AUGCGGUUUGGUCGGCGCAGAUCGAGUCUUGCAGCCGACCCUGUCCAGACUGAACCCGAAGCUCGUCGACGAAACCGCCUGUCGAAGCCCCUCACGAGCAAUGCGACCAAAAUCCAGACUUCCACGAGUGCACCGGCGCUUAGUCUACAGGUUCCCGGCCAGAGCAAGAAUGCAAGCACGACAGAGCUGCCUGCCAGCCCGUUGUCGUCGAUCGCGGGCACUGCAUUGCGCCAACACAUCCGGAACGAUGUCCUCGCCCGAGAAGAUGACAGUCACUCCCCGACUCGCACAGCCAAGCAUGACUCGAGCUGGAGGGUAGCGUAUAUGGUCAGUCGAAUUGAGGGAAAGAAGCCACCCGCCGAAAUCCACCAGAAGCGACCGCAGCAACAGCAACUAGAAUCGGUGCCAUUAUCUCCAGUCAGACCACAAAAGAGGAAGUCUAGUCUACUUCGCCGGCUGUCCUUGCAGAGACAGCCCAGUCUAAGCCGGACUCCCAGUUAUGAACGAGUUAACUCGCUCAGGUCGGAGACGGCGGUUGCGAACACACCAACUCCUUCGCUCGACCAGAUUGCGGAAUCGCCUUCCAUUCCUCCAACCCGUCGGGCCUCUUUCGCCCCUGGCACUGCCACCAGGAAGGCAUCCCCCAUCAAGUCUAAACAAGAUAUACAAGUGCACAAGUUCAAAGAGCUGGAAGACCCUGCAGCAAGAGUUGUAGACUUGGAUUAUUUGGAUUGGCAACCUCCGCCGCCACGGACUGUUGGUAGGGCGGGUACACCGUCAGACAUGGGCUAUUCGCAGCUGGGCGGCUUGAGGCACGGUUCUCUGCAGAUCGUCAACGGUCGUGCUUCGCCAGCUGUCAGCGAGGCGUCAAAAGUGUCGAGGCAGCUUCUGGCUAACCAUCCACCGCACAGAGAUGUUUCCAGCGAGUACGGCGAUACAGAAGAAGAGGUCGAACAAUUCGAUCUCACGUCCAUUCACGGCAACCGCACUGUCCCAGCGGAGCGUCGAAUCUUCAGCUGGGAAAAGGACGAUGACGAAGUUGUACCACGAACCCAUCCGCUGCAGACCGUCAUGAGUCCAGAAGAAGAAACCACCACUGUGAACCACAUUUCGCGGAUGGCAAAUGAAUAUAUUGCCGAGCUCCCCGCUAGUCCAUAUGAGCAGCGAAGACAAAGCUCUCCCGUCGGCAGUAUUCGAAGAGCUCGAUCUGAGUCGUCCCUUUGGAGGGCAAGCUCGUGCGCAUCACUGCAAAGGUCACCGCCAAUUGAGAAAGGCUUGAGUGAGCUUUCUCCAGGCAGUCCCUCGCAGCCGUCGCUCUCCCCAACGGGCUCGGUAAUCCGCAAAACGAGUUUCGAGACAGUAAGAGGCCGGGGCCGACGAGUCCUGCAAGUGACGACUGAUCAUAAACACCACGCUUCUGAUAGCACAUCGAGCUGGUAUUCUCCGGUUGAGCCAGCCAUCCCAGCUGACGAAGCCUUCCAAUCAGCGCUUGAAUUUCAAGUUCAGCUGUCACCCUCUAAAGAUGGACUUAAGCCGUUUCGUGCGCCAGAGAAAUCAGACAGUGGCUAUAGCUCUGGCAACUCUCUCCGAUCUCUACAAAUCGCCAAGCGGACACCCCCACCACCUGUAGAGUUGGAAGCAUCGCCACAGGUAUCAAAUUCGUCAAUGGAUGCCGCUACACCGCAAUCAGGUCAACCUACCUCGUUCCUUGUCACAAGGCCGUCCAUCCUUAAGUUGCGAAAGACUGAGCCCAACGUGCCGACUUUUGCCAAUUCGCGACCAAACGUUGUGUCAGUAGAGCCAGCGGUUGCUGCGAUGGAAACAGCUGUUCCUGGACCUGCAGCUGAUGGCCCCAGACCCUCAAAGGCCCGGAAAAAGUUAAUGAAGAAAAGACGCCCAGUGAGCCAAAGUCCCGGUCAGAUUUCGGUUGUCAAGGUCCAGUCCUUUGAGGUGGAAAGCAUUCCUCAGGUUUCUCCGGCCGCACGAGAAAACCUUCGCAUAAGGUCACAAACAGUGCCUGAACUGCAGCGAACUUAUAUGACAUCUGACAUCAUGGGAAACACGCCAAGUGAAUCUCAGCUUGACCUGUCCAAUACCGAGUUCAGGUUUCCUUCGCCUGGUCCGGUGCAGUCUCUUCAAGUCAAGCGAUCGAGGUCUCGCAGUCGACCAAGGUCGUGGUUUGAACGCUCCAAAACGGACACGUCAAAUUCAAGAGGCGAUUCAGGCAUCAGUCGAGCCCAGGCGAAUGCCAUCAUCGAUCAUUUCGGUACUGAUGGUGCAGGAUUGGGGAGAAGUCCGUACGACUUGAGCAGCCACGGCGUUGUUUCGCAACCGCCAGGCACUGUCCCCGUCAACUCUGCAGCUCCUUUCCAAUCCAGGUCGAUGAUGGAUGACAGAACAGCCGCAGAUUUAUCGCGGCGCCGGAGUCGAUCCCUUCGGGAGCGGGAAUACACGGUCCCAGAGCGCCGACUUUCCUUCAACGACAGAGGUGGCAUCCCUGGUAAGAACCUCAGGCCAGCCAGUUUUUUCAGUGAAGCGCCUCCUAUCACAGCUGAAAUGUUGGAGAAAGCAUAUCGGACCUCUUCUAUGCAACGACAGCCGUCAUGGAGCACUGAUCUAGCGCCACCUCCUCCACCACAUUCGUCACGUCCUUCAUAUCUUGACUAUGACGAGGACGAGUCUGAUCCAGUGGCGCCGCCACCUCCGCCGCAUUCCCCUCGGCCGAUCGACAUAACGGCUGACCCUUGGAUUGCUGAGGCUGCGGCCUGGAAAGCUCGUAGAAAAUCUGCAGGAGAAGGUCUAAGACGACAAGCCUGGGACUAUCAGGAGUACGAAGGGUAUCCUGAAAGUUCCGAUAAUGAACUCUUAUACCCAGUUAUACCUCCAGGACAGCAGGCCGAUUUGGAGCAAUACCUCUCUCCCGAGAAGUUUUCCUCGUCCCCGCAAGAGUACCACAGAGAGAACAGGAGAUCAUCAUUGCACCAUCAGGUGUUUCGUUCGGCUUAUGAGCCCUUAAAUGCUGAGCCAAAUGAGCAUGAACCCGCGUACGUGAGACAGUCUCGAGAGCACUUCAUGACGCACGACACUCACUACCCACGAAUGACCCAGUCGGAAGAACCUUCUCGCCACCGUCCCCUCCCUCAACCGCGGCCUGCGAACGGAGCUGUUUCCCCACGACCACACUCGAGAGCAAACAGUGCGCGCAGCUUUGCCUCGUCGAUAGCGGAAGAACUGCAUCCACGGCAUCUGGAGAGGCAGCAUCCUCCACCAGCAUUUGGGCGCUAUUCGGGUGGAUUGGCCUUUGGCUAUGAACACGGAAGUGGAUUCGGCGGCUCAGCUGGGACCAGAUCUUCAAGCGGGCAAGCCGGCGCUUCGAGGAAAGGCGUCUUCCUAAGGGCUAGCCACGGCGUUGACCUGGGAGAUGUGCCUGUUGGGAUCAUGGCGAGACAGUGA